UUCUUCUUCGUUAGAGCCUGCAUGAAGGUAUUGCCCAUCUUUCAACUGGGAGGGCUCAUUUUCCCAGUUCACAUGGAAUUGGCAAAAGACUUGAAUAUGCUUGAGAAAAAUAAAAGGGAUUACACCGCAGGGACAUGGGAAAGGAAGCAGGGACAUGGGAAAAGUCUAGCAGCUCAGGGUGGGUAAUUGCGAAAGCCAGUUUCAUUCCCAUUGAUAACACAACAAACUGCCAGAGGGUUUCACUCGGGGCUUCAGGAACAGCAAAUGCUUCCUUGGUAUUACUAUACACACUGAGGAAAUCUUCCUCUUAAGUUUUUCACAGGUGACAUGAAGUAAGAAUAUAUCCAAAGCCAAGGUAACCUAGCCUGAAAGUGUGGAGACAUGGCGCACAUCGUGACCUCGCUGAUUUCUGCCACUUUAAUCAUGUGCUUAGCAUUCACAGUUGCACAGCUUGAUGGGUCAGAUGCUUCGGUCUGUGACAGGGCCACGUUUGAUUCUACCGUGCACAGCUCCUGUGUAUCUAUCUACAAGGAAUUCAUGGCAGCCACCAACUACCAGGAUGAGUGUCCAUGGCCCAGCACUCAACGAUACUACAAUAAUUUGGACUACUGUGUCACAAUGGUGGGUAAUAUCACAUCAUGUAAUGAGCCAUCUCUGAAGAACAAGAUCUUUUUGGAUAUCCACCACACAUAUUUUUUUCACUGCCCCUUCCAGAAGGAUCCUGAUGUGCUUGUACUGCUGUUGUUUACGCUGCCCUGCAUCAUCAUCACUUUUAUCAUCCCCUUUUUCUGCACCUACAUCACCCACAAGGAAUGAUUAACUCACAUUGCUACAAAGGGUCUUGUUAGAGUAGAAUUACUACUGAUCCUUCUGACACAUUUACAUGACUGACUGACACCUCAGCAUUUGAACACCUGCCUAUUUUUUAUCUUGCUUUUAGUUCACAUAGCAGAAUUAGAUGUUGUAAGAACAAUGUAUUCAUGUCAGUCACUUUUGUAAUCUCAGGUAAAUGUCAGUUCCAAAUGUAACCUGUUUGCCAUUAGUUGCUGACUGUUAAAUUCUUCAUUUUUAUU